AAAAGCACAUUUCUGAGCCCAAAUCCACAUUUACCAACCAACCCUAAACCCCCAAAAUUCCCAGUCACUCUUUGACCCCCAAACUCUCUCUGCAACUUGCGGCCAUGUAUCGCAUAGCUUCAUCCUUCGCCUCUUCAACUCCUAAGAAGCUGGUCCAUGGUAGGGUUUUAUGCAAUAGGAACUAUGUGGCGCAAGAUCUCACCUUCCAGAUUGGGCCUCGCGCCGCCUUGUUUGAGGUUGCGGAGGCUGCCAAGUUUACCAUGGCCGCUCUGCUGCAACGUGUCUCUCAGCUCGGGGACGCCUUCAGAGUUACGAUGGGAUCAAAGGAUGGUGUUACUGUUGCCAAGGGCAUUAGUUAUGAGGACAAGUACAAGAAUGUGAGCAAGACGCUUACUGCUGGAGGAGAUGGUACAACUUUUGCAGCUGUCUUGACCCUGGCAACACUCACAGAAGGUUGCCAGUCCAUAGGUGUUGGGGUUCCCUCUAUUUUUGCAAAUGGUCAACGAGAGAUUGGAGAGUGCUUAGCAAGGGCAUUGGAGAACGUUGAAAAGAAAGGGCAUGUUUCUUCCCUCAAAGAUUCUGGUAUUGGGGAAAAUAGGAGUGGCAUUUUAGAUUAUCUAGCCAUCCUCAGGGGGCGAGAGGUUAUAAGUGAAGAUAACAGUUUCAUUAUCGACAGACUGCUCAUGUCACCCACAUUAAAUCAAUUGAUUCGUCAUAAUAGAACUGAGAAAAGUCGCACAAACCGUAAUCGAGCUUUGGAUAAAUGCCCCCAAAAGCAAGGAGUAUGCCUACGGGUUUUUACGAGAACACCAAAGAAGCCAAAUUCAGCUCUGCGUAAGGUAGCCAAAGUAAGGCUAAGCAAUCGAAAUGAUGUAUUUUCUUACAUUCCCGGUGAAGGUCAUAAUUUGCAGGAACAUUCUAUGGUCUUAAUAAGAGGGGGCAGAGUGAAAGAUUUGCCAGGUGUGAAAUUCCACUGUAUCAGAGGAGUUAAGGAUUUGCUGGGACUUCCAAAUCGAAGAAGAGGCCGAUCAAAAUAUGGUGCAGAGAAGCCCAAGAGCGCCUGAAAACAGCCUCUCCUUUUGCCUUUCGUAUUUGGCUGCAUUGCUGAAGUGACUGAAUACUCUAAGAGAGCUGGUGAAAUUUUGAAAACAAAAAUGUUGCAGACAUAGUAAUAAAAAUGUAGUGUUCUUGUUUGAAAGUUUAGAACAGUGGAUAUAGUAUUCUUGUUAACAGUGGAAUUUGGAUUCUUUGGAUAGUAUGAGGUUCAAAAGAUAUAAAUUUUGUGUAGGAAUUCUUCUUUGUAUGACUAAUGUGUAGUUGCAUUGAUUUGUGUUACACUGUUGAAAUCCAGUUGAUAUUCACAGCAGUUCAGUUUU